UCCACCGUCGACAUAUCACGUUCGUGACUGCUGUAAGCGCGAUAAGUGCUUUUCCGUCCUCUGCGUAAAACUUGCUAAAUUCAAUAUGCCUUCCUACAAGCUGACUUACUUCCCCUUUACGGCAUUGGGCGAGCCAAUUCGUUAUUUGUUCAGCUAUGCUGGUAUUGAAUUCGUAGAUGAACGUUUUGAUGUAAAAGAUUGGCCCAAAAUUAAACCAACUACGCCAUUUGGUAAAGUGCCCGUGCUCGAAAUAGAUGGAAACAAGUUCAAUCAGUCCGCAGCUUCCCGUUUUAUUUCCCGUUAUUUAGCGAAACAAUGCGGUUUGGCUGGCAAAGAUGAUUUGGAGGCUUUAGAAAUCGAUUCGAUCGUCGAUACGAUACACGAUUUACGCACCUCUUUGUAUGCUUUCUACUUCGAGAGCAACGAACAAGCUAAAGCAGAAAAAUUUAAAAUGAUCCAAGAGAUGAUACCGUUUUAUAUGGAGCGUUUUGACGCUCAGGUGAAGAAGAACGGUGGUUAUUUCGUCGGCAAUGCUCUGACGUGGGCCGAUAUAACUUUCGUUACUGUCUUGGAGUGUUGCUUCUACAUGGCAAUGAAAGAAAACAUCAUCGAGAAAUAUGCGAACUUGAAAGAACUCCAAAAGAAAGUUGAGGAAAUACCAGCCAUCAAGAGCUGGAUCAAAAAACGUCCGCCAAAUCAACCGUUACGUAACAGACGCUUUUCCAUCUUCUGCGUAAAAUUUGCCAAAUUCAACAUGCCUUCCUAUAAGCUGACUUACUUCCCCAUCACUGCGUUGGCCGAGCCAAUUCGUUUUCUGUUGAACUAUGCUAACAUCGACUUUGAGGAUGACCGUUUUGAUAGAGCAGAUUGGCCAAAAAUUAAACCUACUAUGCCAUUCGGUCAAGUACCCGUGCUCGAAAUAGACGGAAAGAAGUACCCUCAGUCUGUAGCUAUUUGCCGUUACUUGGCGAAACAAUGUGGUCUUGCCGGCAAGGACGAUUGGCAGGCUUUGGAAAUCGAUGCGACCGUUGACACGAUACACGAUUUGCGCUCAAAUAUCGCUGCUUACUUCUAUCAGUCAAACGAAACGGCUAAAGAAGAAAAACAUAAACAGCUCAAGGAGGUGGUGCCGUAUUAUUUGGAGCGUUUGGAUGCUCAAGUGAAGAAGAACGACGGUUACUUCGUUGGCGGUGCCCUAUCGUGGGCCGAUUUCACUUUCGUCGGUCUGUUGGAUUACUUGAAUCACAUGAUGAAUGAAAACAUCAUCGAAAAAUAUGAGAAUUUGCAACAACUCCAAAAGAAAGUCGAGGAAGUACCGGCCAUCAAGCGCUGGAUCGAGAAGCGUCCGCCAACCGUGUGGCCGAAGUAAUUUGAAUAAUUUCAUAAAAUGAUGGUUGCUUUUUCAACAGAGAUGAUUAUUCAUUGAUGUUUGAUUUAAAUAUUGUAUCGAUUUCUCGUUUUCCUUCAAAUAUGCAUAUCUAUAUAUAUCUAUACCGAUACAUACUAAUUGUAAGAUAUAUAUGUAUAAUGGACUAUAUACGAACUAUAUACUGGAGAUACGAACGUAUAUUUUCACAUCUUUUUUAAUUGUUGCUCUUAUUGUCACGUGACAAUAAAAAAAUAUUCUGAAAUUCUAUUUAAAUCUUAAAAAAAUGUAUUAUUUUUUACUAUGUAAUUUUGUAUUUUAAUAAAUCUAUUUAAACUAUU